AUGAAUAGAAAUGGACGAGCGAAGAAGCGAGGCUCAGCGCACCCCUAUCUCACCGGAAACUUUGCUCCGGUAACGAUAACUCACUCCCCAGUUCCAUGUUCAUACACUGGAACAGUCCCGCUAGAACUUCUUGGGGGAGAGUAUGUUCGCAAUGGAGGUAACCCAGUCUCGAACUCAGAUCUUGGGCGCGAUGCCCACUGGUUUGAUGGCGACGGCAUGCUUGCAGGUGUAUUCUUCAAACCUUCUCAUUCAGAUCCCGAGAAACCAAUCCCUCAUUUCGUAAACCAGUACAUCUUGACCGAUAUCUGUCUUUCGAGUUUAGAGAGUCCUUCAUUAAGAACGCCCAUCCUUCCAAGUAUUGCAACCUUAGUCAAUCCGCUAUCGAGUUUAAUCGUCACCAUUUUCUGCAUCUUCCGGAGUGUAUUUCUUGUUCUACUUUCUCAUCUACCCCGCUCGCAGCAAGUCAUCAACAGAAUCAGCGUCGCAAACACCGGAGUCCUAUUUCACGAUCGUCGUGCUCUAGCAACAUGUGAGAGCGGGCCUCCGAUCCGCAUUCAACUCCCUGGGCUAGAAACGGUGGGCUGGUACCACGGGAAUCGAACAGAAGGAGAGCCCGAGUGCCGAGAAAGAUCUCAGCCGAAGGAAGAAGUCUUUGGUGGCUCUGGACUGUUUAGUUUCAUGAAAGAGUGGACGACUGGACAUCCUAAAGUCGAUCCGUGGACUGGAGAGAUGAUACUAUUCCAUUGCACUUUUCUCCCUCCAUACGUCCACUACUCUGUUAUACCGCCCUGCUAUACGAGGUCACUAUCGCAACGCUCGAAGCAACUCAAUACUCCCGUGCCUGGAUGUUCUGGUGGAAAGAUGAUGCACGACUUCGGAGUUUCUCUCUCUCAUACCGUCAUUCUCGAUCUCCCGCUCUCCUUGACACCCUUCAACCUCUUCAAAAACGAGCCGGUUAUAUCAUAUAAGCCCGAUAAACCUUCUCGCUUUGGUGUCUUCCCUCGACAUGAUCCCUCUCGGGUUCGCUGGUUCGAAACGAGUGGAUGUUGCAUCUUUCAUACCGCAAACACGUGGGAUGAAUAUGACGCCGGUGGAGUUACCACUGCCGUCAACCUUCUCACAUGUCGCCUGACCUCUUCGUCGUUAGUAUUUAGCGCAGGAAACCUCCCCCUACCGCCUCAGUCAAAGCAAGAUGCGCUCGAAAAAUCCCGACUAAUGUCUUUCUUCGCAAAAUACGACGACGAAGCCGCAGACUUGGAGAAAGAUCCAGCUCAAGAGACAACGCCUCUUCUAUCUCCUGCCUACCCAGCAAUUGUAGAUGAUGAUGAAGAGCAAUGUCGACUUUAUUACCAUCGCUUUUCGCUUACUGCCUCAACUCCCACCGUAUCACACCAAUACGCGCUCUCGCACAUCCCGUUCGAAUUCCCAACGCUGAAUCCAGCGUACGAAAUGUCAUCGGCACGGUACAUCUACGGUUGCAGUACCAGCAGUGAAUCCUUCGGCGCGGCAUUGGGGAAAGCAACCAAGAUCGAUGUUUUAGUGAAGAUGGAUGUGCAGACGUUACUACGGAGAGGAGAGCUGUGUCCAGCGUGCCCAAUAGGCCGUACUACUGACAGUACUGAGUACGGUGUACGGUUGAUUUAG